AUGGAAGACGUACAUGCAAGCGCAUCGGAGAACAACAACCACGUCAAAGCCCAAAAAGGUUCCCGACUGUCGCGCUACUUGAAAGCGUCAAUACCAGCAGACACACACAUCAUCGAAUUCGAACUUUUGCUGCUUAGCUUUGCUACCGGCAUGCAGGACGCAAUCGCCUAUCCGGAUUUUGCGUGCUUUGCUUCCAAUCAAACUGGCAAUACUAUCAUCCUUGCCAUCGGCGCGCUGGACAUCUCGUCGCCUCAUUCUUCAAGCCAUGUGGACCUCAUCAACGCAGUCAUCUCUCUGUCGUGUUUUGCUGCCGGAAUUCUGACUCUGGGACAACUCGCCAAUUGGUUCGGCAUCAGACAUUUGCGGUGGUGGUUAUUAGCAUCAAACCUAUGGCAGACGGUUCUGAUGGCUGUAGCGGCGAUCCUCGCGCACGCUGCAGAUAAUGACACCAAACCCCGAUUUCGGAAAGCUGCAUUGGCUAUAUUGGCACUAUCCUCAGGCUCUCAAGUAGGCAUGGUUCGCGCCCUCAAAAUCACAGAUAUCACUACUGCGAUGGUAACAGCAGCUUACAUUGACAUCUUCAUCGAUCCGAGUCUUUUUGCCGGAGUAACGAGGAACAGACAGAGGAAUAGACGGGUGGGUUUUCUUAAUAUGUGGGAUCCGCGGCGACUUUGGGGAUCUGUACUGGUAUAA